ACUCUGCUGGUUAAACGUAACGUGGAAAUUGGUUUGUGUAGAACAAGAAGAGGAACAACUUUUUUUUUGAAAGAACAUAAAGUAACAGCAACACAGCACGACUACGAAGACGAAGACGACGACGACCAAGACCAAGACCGCGAACACAACGACGACGACUACAGUAAGAGGCAAACCAUUACAAGCAACCAAAAAUAGACAAAUGACAAAGGACUGCAAUAAUUUACACUGUAAUACAGUUUUUGUAAAAUCGAAACGGUAAAAACGAAGUUUCAACAGAAAACUGUAUGUAAGCGAAAAAAAAGCAACUGUUGUUAAUUUCACAAAGCCAAUAAAUCAGCCAGCCAGUAAGCACAGACUUGACAAAUAAACCAAGCAACCAAAUCCAUAGACAUUCAAGCGUAAAUCAAGCCAUAUUUUCAAGCUUUCUUACCAAUACACACACACACCACAUAUGAGCAACACACAUACAACCGCUACGGAAAACAGCUGACAUAUGCAAUUUUCACUGUUAUUUGAGUCGUUGAAAUUGCAAAAUUAAUGGUGUGAAAUUCUAUUGAGCGAGUAGUCGGCAAAGCACACGCCGUUGCAACGCAUGAAAUAGCCAUUUAACAAAAGCAGCAAAAACCAGCAACUACAAAACAGCGAAAGCUCAACCAAAACUAAAAAAAUAGACCCAAUUCGCAAGCAACAAAAUCCGUUUACUUGAAAGCGAAAGAUGAAAAUGUCAAAUUUCGUAAAUUCAGCAAAGUCCAUAAAUUAAAUUUUUACAGCAGAAAAGUUCUUAAAUUAGCAGCAAAGUCAGUAGGAAAAGCAUUGAACAGCCAGAAGAGAGCACGCGAGUGAAGAGUAUAAGUAACGCAUUGAUAGGCGGCAGGCGCAAGCAAACCAGUCAGGAAGCUACCAAACAACAAUAACAAGCAACAAACACAUUUCAACACGUACCAGCGCGAGCAUAGGCACAAAAACAACAACGACGACAAGCAAACGGCAAAUGAGUGAAAAGCAAAUCAGCUGCAAGCAACACGAGCCGUGCAGUGAGUGAGAGCGCAACGCCAAACGCACAAGCGCUAGCUCCAGCAAGCCGUAUGAGCGCUGAGUAACGCAGGCCAGAGCAAUAACGAGUGCGGCAGUGACGCGUUUGAGCCAAAAUAGCGCACAGCCGAGCCUUGGAGCUUGGUGCCAGCAACGGUGGCAGUCAGUAGCAGCUGAGAGAGCGUCGAGUAAGUAACGUCUUUAAAUUUGGUGCAAGACGACGUAGAGGAGCUCGCGCAAAGCAACGGAAAUUAGCAAAGACGAGACGACGUGGUACAUAGGCAGACAACCGGCCACACAACGACGCACCGCGAAAGACAACCAAAGCUACUGUUUGUUGUAAAAUCAGCCGGCGAAACGCGGUGUAACACAGGAGAAGCAACGUCGUGCUCCAAAAAAAAGAAAAAUUGCAAAGCUGCGUACGCUACGUUUAAGGAAGUGGCAUUUAUGAAAUAAAUCCAUUUUCGCAACAGCGGUGUAAAAAAGCGAAAGCUAACGAAGGAAGCAGUACAAUUUGCCAUUGAUAUUGUGGACGCAGCCCGAAACGCCGCAGCCGGAAAAAGUGCAGACAGUUUGCUUUUUGUUGUGCCGAUAAAAUAGUAGACACAAAUCGGCACAGAUCAAGUGUGUACAAGGAACGGCCAACGAAACUAGCAGUGAAGCCAGCAUAAAAGAGUGCCACAAGCAAACGCAGCAAUAAAAAACGAAAAAAGGAAGCAACUAAAAGAAGGCGCAGAUAAAUAGCACAAAAGCGCCGACAAAGCGAAAAUAUUUUACAACAAAAGCGAAGCAAAAAUAUUUUACAACAAAAAGGCAGCAAAAGUUAAAGCGUUGCAAGCAAAUUUCCGGCCUACGUGCAGCAGGCAGAGCAAGCAAACGGCGUAGAGACCAGUGCGUAAAGGCUAAAAACCACAAAUUUAAGUAAAUAAAUAAAAAAAAAAGAAAUUAAGUGAUAUUUUAGUGCUGUGAAUGAGACGUAGAGAAGUUGACGACGAAGCCUACAAAGCGUAGACAAAUAAGCAGCAGCUACUAAAAGCAGCUGAGCAAGGAACAAGGAAACUCACACGGCCCGGCAGCCGACGAGACGCAAGCUGAACAGCCACAAAACACAUUUAAGCAGCGAAAAGCAUUACAAAUUUAAAAAUCAUUACAAAUUGCUAGUGCCAGCAAGCAGUGUAAAUUAGUGGCAGCUUAUGUGCAACACGGAAAUUUGUGCGAGUAGCUUGCGUGGCUGAGAGUGGCGACUUGCAACUUGCUAAGCGUAAAAUACACACAAGUUCAGGGAAACAAAUCAUUUCAUUUUUAAUAAAAAAAAAAUUACUUAACAAACUAAAAAAUUAAUACAAAACACAAAUUAAUAAAAUACAAUAACAAUAAAAAUAUAAAUAAAAAGCGAGCAAUUAAUAGCGGUUGCAGAAGGCAGCGAGAAGAGAUUGAAGCCAGUAAGCGGUGUGCGUGCAAUUAAUGAAAAUAUAGGCGUGUGCGUGCAACAAAAUACGCCAAAAUGUAAAUUGAAUUUAAUACAACAAAAUUUUGACGAAGAAAAAAUCAACGCGUAUUACUACGAGGCGAGAAAAAAAUCGAGGCAGAUAUUUAACAGCAAGAAAAAAACGCCUUCAGUCAGUUAUUUACAAAGCAACCGCGCAUAAUAAGCUAACAAAUUAAUUAGUGUAAAAGGAAAUGCAGUUAAAAGUAAUAGGACGCAGCGUUGGUACUAGUACACAACUACUCCUUUUUUAACGCCUUUUUAAACAAGCAUAAUAAAUACAAAUAAUCAACAAACAAAUUACAAAGUAAUACAAAAGUAGCGUUAAAACCGUUUUAAUAAAACACACAAACUAAUGCAAAAGCAACAAAAAUAACAAAAAAACUUAGAAUAUCAAAUUGAAGCGUGAGGCGACGACAAAAGAAGCAAAGACAAUUACAAAUUGAACUUAGUUGUUAUUUUCCAAUUACGUUUUUGUUAAGUAAAGCAUAAAAUAAUUAAAAAAUCUACUAAUAGACACAACAAAUUAUCAUUAAUGUUUAAUAAUUGUUAAUUAAAUAAUAAACGCGUUUAACUAAAGUGAAACUUAAUAAGACAACGCCGCAGAACUGCAGAACGGUUUUCGAAACGCACUUCAGGCAGCAGCAUGAGUCGGCUAGCGUGAGAUUGAAGUGCAUUGAAAGCUAAGCAGAACGCGAGUGAGUUUAAGGCAGCCCGGCAGUUCGUCGAGUUUUCUGCCGUUUUGUGCCGUUUUGUGUUUGCUUUCUAAUACAACUGUGUGUCUUUAAUUUUAAUUCAAAAAAUUAAUAAGAAAAAAAGAAAACGAAAACAAUUUUUGUGAUUAAAGUGCAUUUCUCUAAGCGUAAUUUAAUUCAAGUAGUAAGAAAUCAUACAUUAUAACUAAGCAGUAAAUUUAUAAAAUCACACGACAACACCAAAACCACACACGCAUACGCGACGCUCAAAAGCAAACAAAAAAUAAUUAAGAAAAACGUGCAUCUCUCAAUUUUCCAACUCCACACGUACGCUGCAGUGCACUGCAGCGCCAACAACAUUAAAAUUGGCAACACUACAACAACACGCUACCACAACCACACAAACACAGCAGCAGCCACGGGCACUGCAACAACAGCAGCAGCAGGAGCAGGAGCGGCCGGUAGCGACAGCCAACACGAACACACAGGCGCCACACAGCCAGUCAACAACGCCAGCAGCAGCGGCAGCAGCAACACACCCACCACAAGCAUUAAGCAGCUAUUGGCGCUUGUUAGCAGCGCCAGCGCGGUCAGCGCGGCCGUCGACAUACCGCCGCCCAGUCCGGUCACGGAGGCAGCCGUCGAGGCGACCACCGUCGAUCAGCAGCGUAGCGCGUACUUGCAGGCAACGGUUGUUGCGCAACACCGGCAACGCGCCGAUAGUGUUGUCGCCAGGCAGCAGCCAGGAGCGCGUGUUGGAGCGCCGCAGGCUAAAGGCGCGCCUGAAAGUGAAGUCGAGAACGAAGUGGAAGUGGAAGCUGAAGCCGUGCUUGGUAAUAGCUGCGUUAUUAACGCGUGCGCCGGCAGUGACAUUGACGACGACAGCGAGGCUGAAAUUGAGCGAGUUGAAGCUGCGCGCAACGGCGAUACGGCGGAGGUGGCGCAAUUGACGCUGGCUGGCGCUGAGCGCGAAUACGCGCACGUUGACUACGAGUCACAGUUCGAAUUGGACGCCGAGCUGGAGCGGCACGCCAACGAUUUGAUCCAUAUCGAUCAAGUCUUCGAGGAGCUGCGCCAGAAAAUGGAAGUGCUCUCAGUACAAAAUCAAUAUCAGGGACAAUUCGGUGUCAUCGGUUCAAGCAAAGUUAAAGACUGGGCGAGUCCGCUAACGCCACCACCACCAACAACCACACAGUUACCAACCGGCAAUCAUACGACCAGCGACAACGUUGUGCACAAUCAAAGCAACAACAGCAACAACCAUAGCUUAAGCUAUAAACAACAGGCGAUCAGAGAGGAGCAGCAGGACGAAGCGUUGCAGCCAGCGCUGCAGCUGUACGCUGAGGACGCCAUAGCGGGCGGUGACGUAGUGGACGGCGGCAAUUGGUCGGCGCCACAGCAGGCACACCACAAACAAGCACAUCAUCACGAGCAGCGACAUUUCUACUAUAACAAUCACCAUUACGGUGGCGCGCAACACAAUAAUCACCACCAAUAUCACCAACAACAUCACCACCACCAACCACACUACAAUCACUUGGCACAUCACGACAACAAUUAUCAGCAUUAUCAAGCGGCACAGCAACAACAAGGAAAAUACUAUAGUGAAGGACAAAAACGCGCCACACAAGCGUAUCAAAAGCAAAAAACAGCGCCCUUGCCGACCAACAACAAACAAGCGGCCAUGGAGGCCACUUACAACAACAAUUUGUUCUACUAUGAACCACCAGUAGCGGCCGGCAUCACACCGACAGGCUCACCCACAACGGGCAGUUGUUUCGGCAGCGCCACUACCGAUGUGGACAUAGCCGCGGUCAAUGAGCUGGCACAGCGCGUGCAGACGGAGUUGCGGGACGCGAAGAAGCGCCACCUGGACUGCACCGAAGUCUCGCUGCCAUUUGAUCUCAUGCCGCGCAUAGCGGCCGAAAUAAUUAAGGCUUCGGAGCGGGAACCGUGUGGCGUGCGCGGCUGCUCGCUGUACAUCGAUUUCGAAUGCGAGCCGAGCAAUGUGCGACGCAUUGCCUCUUUCAAAGUGGACGACUGCACUGUCUCCACCUUCGAGCUGUAUCUCACGCUGAAGCAGGACAAGAGCGGCUGGACUUCGCUGUUGCCACAGUUUAUCAAGAACCUAACACGCAGCAAUACCAUUUUGAUAAGCCCCGAUUUCACGUUGACCAAGAACAAGCUCUACUCCUGCGAUUAGUGCGCGUAAGCGUGCUUGCGCUAGCUUGUUCCAGCUUAUUCCAGCUGCGUUUGUUUGCGAGAGGAGAGUUCUAUUCUUUUUUUUAAACACAUGUAUGCAUACAUAACCCAACCAGAGAUCUCAUUUAUUCUCCUACGCGCAAACACACGUCAAAAUUUACAACAAGAAUGUGGCGAAAAAUACACAACAACAACAUGGAAGGACCUUGAACGAAGGGCAACCGAAAUUGGUCAAUUGCGUGUAAUUAGCAAAUUUAUGUGCUAUACAUACAUACAUACACACAUACAAAAAUGUUUUUGUUUUUUAAUAAUUAAAUGGGCGUGGCUUUAACUACAACUACAAAGAAGAAGAAGAAGAAGAAGUAAACAACAAACAAUUACUACAACAAAACCAGGAACAACGCAUAACGAGAAUACUUUACUUUCUCAACAAUCCCUCCGAAUUUCAUUAUUUUAACUGAACACCAAGAAUACCACGAAACAAGCAGUCGCAAGAGGCAAAAAAUAACAAAAGCAAAAUGCUAAAACGUUUACAUAACGGCUAGUAUGCGGAUGAGGCGAGCAAGCAGUGAUUGAGAAAGUGCGUGAGCAAAGCAAAAUUUGCACAAUUCGCGAAAAGUUUUCACAACAAAUCCCAAAAAAUGCAAUAAACUUGGAAUACACACGAUUUUCUUUGCGCUAAACAGUAAAUAAAGCAAAAAUUUCGCAAUAAUAGCAACAAGAACAAAACAUACAAACUAAACUACAAUAAAACUGGAAUAAAAGGAAGACGAAAUACAAAUCAAAAUCCCAUAAGAGAAAUACAAUAAUAGCAGCAACAACCUUAAACAAUAGAACUAACAGCAGCAACAACAAAAAACAACAACAGCACACUGCAUAUGCAGUUAUCAGGCACUUAAUUUGGACUGAAAAGUGGCGAAAAGCGCAGCAGCGGCAAGCAGACAGCGGAGUUAAUGGAGUCGAAAGAGCAGACGCUGCCGACAAAUUUCAUAUAUGCAGGCGUACAUACAAACAUACAACCAUAAAAAACAAUAAACAACAAAAAAAGGCAAACAAGCAUGUGCAUAAACGGUGCACAGGCGCCGACAAAGUAAGCCGAGCAGCAGUGAAAUUAGUGGCUACUAUUUUUGGAAGACUGCAUACGUUUAGGGGAAGCAAGCUAAUAUUUGUAAUUUAUAAAAAAUUAAGAAAAAAAAACAAAAAAUUACAACAAAAACAAAAAUUUAAAUAACAAAAACAAAAAAUUACAACAAAAACAAGAGAAAAAACGAAAGCAUAACAAAGCAACGGACGCCUCUGGCAGCGUCCAACACUGUAUUUAUGGUAGUAUUACGUGAACAACAACAAAAAACAACAAACAUACAAACAAAGAGCCAGCAAUAAAGCAGGCUGCUUAACAAACUGUUCUACUUAUUUCCUUUUUCUAUGCAAUGAAAACAUUUAAUGGCGAUUUUUUCAAGAAAAAAAAACACUAAAAACAAAACAAAAAUUUUGAAAAAAAUCAAAAAGCAAAUAAGAAACUCUUAAAACUUUAAGCAAAUGCGAUGCAAAAACGCAAAAACAAACAAAGUCGAUGUGAUAUUAAUUAAUGAUAACUAAUUCGUAGUAAGAGAGAAACAAAUUAAUAUUAAAUUAAAUUAAAGAAAAAAACACAUAAAAAGCAUUGGUAUAAACACAAUUUAAAA